AUGGAGAGGAGCGGUAUGAACUCGCUACCAGAAACACUUCAUGAUGCCCAGAAAUCGAUAUUGAAGAGCAACAAGAAGCCUACUGUGAUGGUGGCUAUCACCGAGCCGAGUACGAGUGAGGAUAGAUUGAAACAACAUGACGAUCACCACUCACGUCAAUGCGACGGAACGGUUGCAGUGCUCGAGCAGAAAAUAUCAAAACUGCAAACGGCGGCAUCUACAGUGAUGCCGACACCAACCUCUACUGAGAGAAAAUUCACGGACUCGUUUUAUUGGAUGUCACAUUUGCACAAGAAAGUCGGUCUCAGCCACAUUAUCCUUCUAGUCGUUCUGGCGACUUAUUCUGCUCUAGGAGCUGUUGUUUUUUACUACCUUGAAACACCCAACGAGCGAAUAGUGGUUGCUGCACGGAAGGAGUUACUGGAUGAUAGAAUCGAACAGCUUGCGGAACAUCUCACAGGCAUGGCUGAGAACAAAACUAUCGAAGAAUUGGCGGUUGAUGUCAAGGCAGCCUACAUUGAUAUGCUCAACACUGAAGGAAGCUACAAAUGGUCUACAUUUUAUCGAUCGGAUGACCCCAGGAAUAAUUAUAAAUGGACAUAUGCGAGCAGCUUCUUUUUUGCAAUGAAUGUCUACACAACAACAGGUUAUGGGUCGAUCGCGCCUGAAACCCGUUCUGGUCAAUGGUUCGUCAUAAUUUAUGGUUUCAUUUUCGUACCAGUGACAUUGGUGGUGAUUCGUGACCUUGGGCAGUGGCUUCUCCUAGUGAUUACCAGAAACUAUGCUAAGAUACUUCUGAAAUGCAGAAGGAAGUCGAACAAUCUAAACGAAGUGAUUCGAUUACCAAUUCUCUUCAGCUGUGUUAUUAUGCUCGGUUUCAUCGGCUUUUGUACUGUGUUUAUAUAUUAUUUGGACGCAUGUUCUGGUCCAGCUGGCUCUGGUCUUGACUGGUUUCAUUCUAUGUACUUUUCCUACAUGUCAUUUACAACCAUUGGUCUAGGUGACGUCAUGCCUAGCAAUGCCACGGCAAGUGAACAGUUAAAACCAAAGUUUCGUUAA